UCUAGCGGGGUCGAGCGUUUAUCGCGGGGAGGCGACACCGGAGCUGCUGAAGGCUCUCGCGAUCGCGCGUGGUCUUCCGUGACUGUGACACUGUGAUUUCGCGAAGACGCUCUCGGCAAAAAUGACAUCCCGUCACGAGAAGGAGCGCGCUAAGCAGAUUCAGGAAAAGUGUCAAAACCUGCUGACACAGAUGCUCCGCGACGAGGAUAACAAGUACUGCGUCGACUGUGACGCGAAAGGACCAAGAUGGGCCAGCUGGAACUUGGGAAUUUUCUUGUGUAUUCGAUGUGCUGGUAUACACAGAAAUCUUGGCGUGCAUAUAAGCAAAGUGAAGUCUGUUAAUUUAGACACAUGGACACCAGAACAAGUAGUAAGCUUACAGCAAAUGGGUAAUUCCCGAGCCAGAGCAGUCUAUGAGGCAAAUCUUCCAGACAGUUUCCGAAGACCGCAAACGGAUUGUAGUCUUGAAAGUUUUAUUCGAGCAAAGUAUGAACACAAAAAGUACAUAGCCAGAGAAUGGGUGCCACCUCCUUUACCGAAGGUCAAUUGGGAUAAAGAACUUGAUGAAGAAGCUGAGAGACAACGCAGGCGAAAAAAGGAGAGUUCCGAAGCUGCGACAACUGUACUCCCACUUGUAAAAAAACCUGAAGUAGUGCCUCAAUUGCCAAAACCUCGCAGUUCCGUCAGUCCUAAACUUGGUAGAACAAAAGAAAGUUCUGCAAUUCUGGAUCUCCUAGGUCUUGAUGCGCCAGCAACCAACCAAAUAAAUGUAAAUGGUUCUGGAGACGACGUGUUUUCUUCCUUCUUGUCUGCGCCACCUGCUUCGACAGCCACAACUGGAAAUGACGUUUCUAAUGGAAGUAAAGCAACCGCUAAAACCGAAGAGGAAAGUUUCUUUGAACAAACAGCGCCGCUAUCUCAAGAAAAAAGCAAAAUGACAAAGGACAGUAUUUUAGCAUUAUAUGGUACACCAAGUCAUCAAUCAUCGAUUUAUGGUGUUUCAGGAGGAGUGUAUUCUCAACAUUCUAUACCAUAUAAACAGCAAAUGUCAAAUGUGAAUACGUUUGGACAACAAAGUUCUUUAGGUCAAAUCGGCCAACUUUCUACACAAAUGCCGGUCACAAAUCAGAUGCUUGUUAAUCAAAAUCAAAUUAUAACGAAUCCUAGUUCGAUAGGUGCGGUAGCAGCCAAUCCUUUAGGCUUACAUCUAGGGCAAAUAAAUCAACUAAAUGGUGUACCAAAUGCUGCUAUGACGAUGCCACCUCAAAUGAUGAUGCAAUUAGGACAAACUAGUAUUACUAGUAAUAAUGGAUGGAGCGGUAUGUUGACGCAAAAUCUUCAGCCAGCUCCUGGCAGCAAUCCUUUCUUUAAUUUAACAGCACAGCAACAACAAACUGCUGCAUUCAAUGCUCAAUUGCCGCAACAAAUGUCGCAAAUGUCUAUGGGUGAUAUGAAUUUUUCCUCUACGACAGGCAAACCUGCCAAUGCCACUGCGUUACCCGGACAGACUCUUUCCACUAAUUUGUGGCAGUAAAAAUUUAUUGCAAAUAUUGUGAACCUUUGUUAUCUUGUUCAGUGUUGUAAUGUCGACAGUCUAUUAUCCAUCAUAACAUUUCCAUGUUUCUUCAUCGGAUGUUGCUUUAGAUAGUGAUAGAACCGAUGAAAGCAUAGAAAUGGGAACAAAAAAAAGAAAGAGAAAAUUACUCGAAUACUGUUUCAUGAUUCGUGAACGUGUAUAGUGCUUUGAGUUGAUAAAUAUUUCUUCGGAAGCCUGUGCUAGCUUUUAAUGUUAUUGUUGGAUGAAAAUGAUUGGAAUAAAAUAGAUCUUUGACUGAUUGUAAGAGAAGUUAUUUAGUUAGUAGCGACACUAUAUAUGUACCUUAUAUGGUACAAAAUUAUGCUACUAAAAUAAGAGCUUUUUGUAAUUGCGAUUGAAGUAUAUGUCAGGGUCCAUUUUCAUCACAACUUAGUAUUAAUUCAAAUCGGUGAUGGAAAAUGAUAUAAUUUUAGCUAAGAUUUCGUUGCUAUUCGUGCUAUGCAAAAGUGUGUUCGUGAAUUUAUUCACAAAAAUAGAAACAUUGAGAGGGAGAAAUUGACAUAAAGUAUAUGUAUUCUCGCAUCGAAUAGCAUCAAUAAUUUAUAAUUUGUUAAAAUUAUAUCAAAUCUCAAGUUCUGAUUCAAAUAGAGAUAUAUAUACAUAUAUAUAUAUAUAUAUAUAUAUAUGUAUAUGCAUACACAAGUUUUAUCAGAGAUGUAAAAAGACUUGAAUCUUCAUUGUAUUUUUAAGAUAUAAUCGACACGUGUGCAAUAUGUGUCCACAUUUAUUCUGUAUUAUUGAUAAAUAUAUAAAUGCAAGAUAAUAUAAAUACAUGAUAUCACACAUGUAUUUUAGUUGAAUAAAGCAUAGAAUAGGACUAUUA